UUUACGAAAAAUGAAAACGAAACGGGAGAAAGAGAGGAGUGGAAGACGAAGACGACGUGUUUUCACCAAUAUAGAAAUGAGAAAAAAGAGAGAAAGGAAGGAAAUGGAGGUGGCUGGGUGGGGAUUUCUACGAUUCAGAGUUUGAAUCAGAAACCGGCUUUUCUUUUGAUUCAAAUUCGAACCUUAAAUCUUCACCUGAAAAGUUCAACAAUUAUGGCUUCCAAUACGUUUCCGAAUCCUUCACUGCUGCCUGAGAUCGGACCCGAUGGCCUCCCUCGCGAAGCCCCUGUCAUUGCCUACACUGAGAAGAUAAUCGAGGAAGAGCAACUUCAAUUAAAGAAAUACAUUGAAGAAAAUUAUUCUAAAAUUCGUGAUGUUGAACGAGAGCUUGCAAAUCUUACAAUGGAGGUGAAACUCACAGCUGGGCCAAAAAAAGCAGCACUUGAACAUAUGAGAAAGAAAAUAGAAAUGUCAACAGAAAGAAUUCGUUUGGCCAAGCUGAAGGAAGAGCAAGCAAAAAAGGCAUGGGAAGCAGCAUCACAGGUAGUGAAAGAUGAGGAGGCAAUGAAGCAGAAGCUAUGUGAAGACCUAAAUAAUCUGGUUCAAGAAAGCAGCAACUCUCAGUUUUCUAGACUAGAGGAGUUAAAAAGGCGACUAGAAGCUCUGAACCCUGGUAGAGCAUCAACCUCUGUUCUUCAUGACGGGAAAUCAAUAGGACCUGCUCAUUCAAUCACUGUUCCAGAUGCUUCCUCAGUUCCUCAUUCAGUAGAAGCAGGUGGUGCUGUAAAUGAAAAUGUCCCCAACAAAGGAAAUGUUGGAAACACUCCGGGCAUGAAUGGGCAACAGCCUUCCACUGAGGGAGAAGGAAAAGGAAAGAAGAAAAGUCAGUUCCAUGGAAGAGGAAAGGGAAUUGGGGCCGUGCCCAAAGGUAGAGGAUCUCAGGGGCCUGGCUGGACUGGGGCUGGGUUUGAUGUUGAUGGUAGAACUUAAAAGUAUCGUUUCAGAUUCUCUCUGUUUGCAGCUGUAACCCCUAGAUCAUAUAUGUGAUUACUAGCCGUUAGGUUCUUUAGUACAUCUAUCUUCCCAUUCUUUACUUGCUGGAUCAGUGUUUUUGGUACCUUUAUAUUCAUUAAUUGCUCUAAGCAUGUUAAUAUGAAAAUAUAUUUUGACCUUUCUGACUAA